CGGAACUCUGAUAUCGGAGCGACGAUAUUGGACUGGUUGGUGAUGCCAACCCUGCCCCCCACCCUUCAAGGCGGGCUCGCGGACACAUGAUGGCGAGGACAUAGUCGCCGGUCUGUGUCUCUUGAUGCGAGGAGAUGGCCUCUGCGGCGUGACGUUCGUCAGAUGGACGGUACCGAACGCUGUCGGGGGCUGCGGCAUGACCCUCAGUACUUGAACCAGUUGUUGGUCGUACGCGGGAACUGAUUUGAUAAUCGGAUUGUUGGGACUUCGCGUGCAUAUGUGACCGGCCUUGCCCCCCCGCAGGAAAGGCGUAGAUGUGAAGAUGAUGUCAACCUUUCCAUGAUGCAGGCUGCGGAAGUUUAAUGGAUCCCAGGACCAGGGUUCAUAUCGACUUCGGCCGAUGUAUGCAUGCAUGACCGUGCGAGUCACAUCCCGUCCAUUUGCUUCACUGGGAAAUAUGCCUCUCCAGGCUCACUUCCACGCGAAUGGGCGGUUGGUUAUACCCAUCGACUGGAGGGAGCAGGGCCAUUGGGAAGCCCAAUUCAAUCCCCCCACCAUGUGCUCCCAGUACUACCUCAGGUUCGACUGCAAAUGCGUGGUCCUCCACAACGGCGUCGUCGCCUGCUCCAAGAAAGGGACCCCCGACUGCCAUGGAGUGAAGGACGAGGUCCGCGACCAGAAGGGCUACAACUGCCCUAAGCACGGUGGCUAGAUGGGACUCCUCCGAAGAGGGAAGGGGCCACAGCCCAGUGCCCACAAGGUGUGAGUGCCAGUGCCGAAGAUCCACUUGCGCAGCCCCAGAUCAUCCGCGAAGGAACUCGAACUAACUACAUAUGUCCAGGUGCGAGGCGCAACGGGGUUGAGAUCUGGUCUAUCGGUCCUGGGCCCUUGUCUCGAAGCGCGCGUAUCCCAGCCGCCGAAACGAGGGAUGCAAGUCAUACAUCCGGAGACUGAAGUUUAGAUCUGCACUUACCUUUCGGUUGCUUUGUGGCUCCUUUGCUAGGGAUCAAGAGGGGGAUGGAGAUGAAGAGGAAGAUGAAGAUGAAGAGGAAGAGGAAGAGAGGAAGAGGGGAAGAGAAAGAAGAGGCGAAGUUCUGUCCCAACACAGAUCUCGCAAAGAAAAGCAAAAAAAAAAAAAAAAAAAAA